ACUUCCUCCCUACUUCUCGUAAUAAGUUUUAUCAAAGCAUGAAUGUUAAGAUACAGGAGUUGUUACGAAAACUAGAAGACUUUGUACAACUGAAAGGUGCUCUUGGUUUGACAGAAGUUGUUGGGAGGAAGGUUUCACAAAGAACUCCAACAACUUCCUUGGUUCAUGAACCUUUUGUAUAUGGUAGAGAUGAAGUCAAAGAAAAUUUAUCAAAACUGUUGUUCUCUGAUGACGCAAGCAAGGAGGAUGUGUCCGUCAUCACUAUUGUUGGAAUGGGCGGGGUUGGCAAGACAACCCUUGCCCGCAUGCUUUACAAUGAUGAUAAGGUGAAAGGGCAUUUUACAUUUCAAGCUUGGGCUUGUGUUUUAGAAGACUAUGAUGCUAUCAGGGUAACUAAAACUCUUCUUGAGUCAGUCACUUCAAAACCUUGUAAAACGACAGAUCUCAAUUUGCUUCAAGUUGAACUAAGAGAACAACUAAGGGGGAAGAAAUUUUUGUUUGUAUUGGAUGACCUUUGGAAUGAGAAAUAUACUGAUUGGAACUGCCUCCAAACUCCUUUUACUUCAGGGGCAAGGGGAAGUAAAGUCAUCGUAACAACACGGAACAAAAAUGUAGCAUCUUUCAUGCAAAAUGUUCCUACUCAACCCUUGGAACCAUUGUCGCAUGAAGAUUGUUGGUCAUUACUUGCAAAACAUGCGUUUCGAAAUGUAAGCUGUAGUGCAUAUCCAAGCUUGGAAGAAAUCGGCAAGAAAAUUGCACGAAAGUGCAAUGGGUUGCCUUUAGCUGCACAAACACUUGGCGGUCUGUUACGUUCCAGGCUAGACAUUGAGGUAUGGAACAGAGUACUAAACAACAGUAUUUGGGAGUUACCUUACGAGAAAAGUGACAUUCUUCCCGCUCUAGGAUUGAGUUAUCAUUAUCUUCUAGCUAAGUUAAAGCGAUGCUUUAUUUAUUGUUCAAUUUUUCCAAAGGACUAUGAAUUCAAGGUAGAAGAUGUUGUUUUUCUUUGGAUGGCGGAAGGUUUAAUUCCACAAGCUGAGAAUGGGGACAACAUGGAAGAGGUGGCUAAGGAAUAUUUUGAUGAACUGUUAUCCCGAUCAUUAUUUCAAACGUCAGGGAAAUCAAGUUUCAUUAUGCAUGAUCUCAUCAAUGACUUGGCUGUGUUCAUGUCUAAAGGAUUUUGUUCCAGGUUGGAAGGUGGUAGGGAAUCACGUGAAGUAGAACGAGUUCGCCAUUUGUCAUAUUCUAGGAGAAAAUAUAAUGUUGCUCUUAAAUUUGAGCCAUUAAAGGGGGCUAAGUGUUUGCGGACCUUCCUACCCGCCUAUUCAAAUACUUAUCAACAGUAUUAUCUAAGUAAACAGUUUGUACAAGAUUUGUUGCCAUCGCACAGAUGUUUACGGGUGUUAUCAUUGUCAGGUUACAGGAAUGUCACUGAUUUACCUGAUUCUAUUAAAAAUCUCAUUCACUUACGCUAUUUGGAUCUCUCCUAUACUGCAAUUAAAAGGUUACCUUGUGUACUUUGCCGUUUUUACAAUUUGCAGACGUUACUAUUGUCAAAUUGUUCCUCUCUUGUUGAAUUACCUGCAGACUUGAGAAAAUUGAUAAAUUUACAGAAAUUAAUGCUGGGAGGUUGUGCAUCUCUUGCUAAAUUGCCCGUAGACCUGUGGGAAUUAAUUAGUUUGCAUCAUCUUGAUGUGAGUGGAACUAAAAUUGCAGAGAUGCCAGCACAAAUGAGUAGACUAAAAAGUUUGAGAACGUUGACUGCUUUUAUUGUGGGGAAAUCUACUGGGUCGACCAUUGGGGAAUUGGGGGAGCUUCCACAUCUUCGAGGAAAAAUUUCAAUUCUAAAACUGCAAAAUGUAGUUGAUGCUAAGGAUGUCGUGCAAGCCAAUUUGAAGAAUAAGAAGGAUCUGAAGGAGUUAAAGUUCAGAUGGGGCGUUGAAGACUCAGAUGAUUCCGAAAAAGUGAGAGAUGUACUUGACAAGCUCCAGCCUUCAAUUAGUUUGGAGAAACUGACCAUCCAAUUCUACGGUGGAACCAACUUCCCGAAUUGGGUAGGAGACUCAUGCUUCUCUAACAUACAAGUCAUGCGUCUUAGAGAUUGUAAAUAUUGUUGGUCGCUGCCACCAGUUGGGGGGCUACCUGCUCUCAAAGAGCUCUAUAUAGAAAGGAUGAACUUUGUUAAGACAAUUUGUGUUGAGUUCUACGGCAGAAAUGGAGCGUCUCUAAUUCAGCCAUUUCAAUCACUGGAGAAGCUGGAGUUUAAGGAAAUGGCAGAGUGGGAGGAAUGGGUACCAAGUGGAAGUAGAGGUCCAGACUUUCCUCGUCUCCAGGAGCUGAUUUUGAUGACAUACAGUGCUUGCCCAACAUCAAUCGUCUUCAAAGAUUGACUCUCUGGAAUUGUCCAACGCUGUUGUCGUUCCCUGAAGAUGGCCUACCCACUUCGUUGACAUCACUUAUAAUAGUUAGUUGUAGGAUAUUAGAAUUCGUACCUCAAGAGAUGUUGGCCAAAUUAACAUCACUCGACUAUUUGUUUAUACAUAAUAGUUGUGAUUCAAUGAGGUCCUUCCCCUUGGGCAUUUUUCCCAAAUUGACGACACUUGAUAUUGGUAAUUGUGACAAUCUGGAAUCGCUUUGCUUGAUUGAAGAAGGAGCGGUUCUCAGUCAUCUAAAUAGCCUGCAUGUCUAUAAUUGUCCAAAUCUGGUGUGUUUUCCUGAGGGAGGAUUGCCCACUCCCAACCUGACUCGAUUGGAAUUCUUUGGAUGCGAGAAGUUGAAGUUAUUACCUGAACACAUUCACACCCUCACAGCCCUUGGAACUUUGAAUAUAAGCAAUCUUCCAAAUCUGGAGUCAAUUGCAGAAGAUGGGGUUUUGCCUCCCAACCUGCAAGAUUUUAGCAUUAAGAAUUGUGAGAGACUGAGGGCUUCAUCUUCAUCAGUGGGAGACUACUGUAACUGGGGUUUGCAAGCACUUGGCUCCCUUGAACAUUUUACAAUUGGUAGCAGGGAAAGUGAUGAAAUAUUGGAGAUGUUGCUAAAGCAACAGCUGCUCCCUACCACUCUUCGCACUCUCUGCAUCGCAGAACUUUUGACUCUGAAAUCUUUGGAUGGAAAGGGACUUGCACACCUUACUUUUCUUCAAACUCUAAAAAUUGGUAGGUGUGACAAUCUCCAAUUCCUGCCAGGAGAGGCACUUCAACACCUCACUUCUCUUCAACAGCUAUGUAUUUAUGACUGCCCGAGUCUCCAAUUCCUGCCAGAAGAGGGUCUGCCACCAUCUCUUUCUUAUCUGAAGAUCUUCAGAUGUUCUGCCCUGGAGAAAAGGUAUCAGAAUAAGACAGGACGAGACCUUUGGGCCAAGAUAUCUCACAUUCCUCGCAUCGACAUAAAUGAUGAAGUCCAUAUGAUAUGAGCUCUCUCUCUCUCUCUCUCUCUCUCAUAGAGUCAAACAAAGUAUUCUAUUGCUUUUGGAUAUUUCACUCUCAACUCUCAAAUCAGACUCAGGUCAGGACAGCACCUUCUCUUGGAAAGCUUUUCAUUUGCAAGGUUCCUUUACGUGUCAUUUCCAAGAAGUAUCUUGCUGAGCUGAGGUAUGGAAACAGAAAGCACUUUGGUUAACAUCCAUAUUGAAUAGUGGUGAGAAGAAACAGGAUUUCACAAUCGGAUGCUGAACCUGAACACAUUAUGUAUCAGAAAACACAUGAAGGUAUCAAUGUUGGGGACCUCUAAUCACUGUCACUUUUAGCUUGUAUGUUUCAAACGCCGAAUUUGAAGUUCACCGACAAUUUCUCAGAAGCUUAUGACAUUAUUGCGUUGUGUCCAAAAGUGACAUACCAAUGUAGGAGAUUAGAAUUCCACCUCACGAGAUGUUGGUCAAAUUGACAUCACUCGAGUUUUUGUGUGUACAAAAUAGCUGUGAUUCAAUGAGGUCGUUCCCGUUGAGCCUUUUCCCUAAACUCUCGGUUCUUAUAAUUUGGGAGUGAGAAUCUAGAAUCCCUUUCCAUUGAAGAAAGAGUUGAUGAGAAUCUCAGUCAUCUCAGUACCUUGUCUAUCAAUGACUGUCCAGAACUGGUGUCUUUUUCCCAAUGCAUUCACACCCUCACAGCACUGGAGAUGACUGAACUUCCAAAUUUAGUGUCAUUUGCAGAAGGCGGUUUAUUUCUGCAUUCAAAAUUUUGACAGACUGGGGCUUCAGUGGGAGAGUACUGGGGUUUGCAAGGCCUCUUCUCCCUUCAACACUUUUCAAUUGGUGGCAGGGGAAGUGACGAUUUCUUGGAGACGUUGCUCAAGGAACAGCUGCUCCCACUCUUCACUCUCUUCACAUCUGGGGACUUUCAAGUCUGAAAUCUUUGGACGGAAAGGGACUUGGACACCUCACUUCUCUUCAAGAGCUCUAUAUUAGUGAGUGUGACAGUAUCCAAUUCCUGCCAGAAGAGGGUUUCCCGCCAUUUCUUUCGUUU